GCUUUAGAAGAAUCAUCAAGAGAAUCCGUUGUUGUGCCGAUCUAAUGGAUUCCGUAUGGCUGUAACCAUGUGCAGAGUGGUGUUGGUUUGAGUGAGAGAAUUGCAGGCUUGGGACCACGAUGCAGUAGUCGACACCUGAUUACUACAACGCCAGAGCGAAGAAGUGACGAUUUUCUCACCAUCUUCUAGAGACUUGCGAUGAGUUCGUACCUCAACAACACCAUGUACCAAAGAGGAGAGACAUUUCCACACGCGGGUGUGAAUUCUACGGUGGGAAACCAUCACCCGUACUACAGUAGCUGGUACGGGUACCCGGCCAACUUUCGCGCGGACAGAGACAACGUGUCGCCCGGGUGUACCUAUGCUGCCGCCGCUGGUGUAGUCGGGAACCACGGUCAAGUUCAGGACACUCAGGCGCCGGAGAACUGUUGUUGGAACGGGCAGGAGCAAGGUGCUCCUUCGGCAGUGCAGCAGCGACCGUCAUGCCAACAGGAAGAAAAAACAGCCACGAUGGGAAUGGCAACACAAUCUCAACUCGCUAUUCCAUUCUAUCCUUGGAUGCGUACAGCAGGACCAGAACGUCGACGUGGGCGUCAGACAUACAGUCGGUACCAGACCCUGGAACUGGAGAAGGAAUUCCACUUCAACAAGUACCUUACCCGCAGAAGGCGCAUAGAGAUCGCGCAUGCCCUGGGCUUGACAGAGCGACAGAUCAAGAUCUGGUUCCAAAACCGGCGGAUGAAACUCAAGAAAGAAGCCGCCAUGUUAUGCCCACCUAAAGCCGAAGAAACUGAGAAAAACUCCGACGGACAGUCGGAAAAAUCAGAAGAAGUGUAGCUCAAGGGUUAUCUAACCUAAA